CCAUCAUUAUGCUACAUAUGUGCAUCAAUGAGCAAAAAAUUUACAAAUUUUUUGAAGGUCAUGUGCAAUUUUAAAAGUUUUGAUAUAUCUCUAACAAAUUUAUAUAUGUAAAUACUUAAUACAUACUACAUAAUCUAAUAUCGAGGUUCCCAAAUUUUUAGGACAAAUGUGUCCGUAACAUGUUGAACAUGCUCAGAUGCUCCCCUGUCAAUGAGCUUAUGAAUCAUAGUGCAAAAACAAGACCACAUCAGCAUCUCAUCAGUAGUGCUGUAAAGGUUUCAAUAAAUGAGCCAAUAUUUCCCGUGCCAUAAAAGAGUAAAAACUUGCAUUUUGGACCGUCUCGAGAAAUAUCUCAUAUUUCGGUCAAUAUGACAGUUCUGUUAGCAAUCAUGACCGUUACCGUAUUUUUCACAAUAUGUUAUGAAAUUUCACUAAAAGACAUGUAAUCUUCACCUGCAAAGACACUAAAACAAACACACUUCUGACUUCUCUACUGAUUACUAACUUCCAUCCAAACAUGAACCUUCAAUCUAUCUUCAGUUUAUCCUUUUUCAUAUUAUUACUGUCAAUGAUCAACUGUCACGGAGCUGCAACCGAUAAGCAGUCUCAAUAUUUCACCCUUAUGAAAAGUUCGCUUUCAGGCAAUACCUUAUUUGAAUGGACUUCCAUGGGAGAGAGUUCAUAUUGUAACUACACCGGAAUCAGCUGUAAUCUUCGAGGCCAAGUUGUUCAAAUGAAUAUUGCAGGACGAUCACUGAAGGGCUCGUUUCCUCCAGAUGUAUGUAACUACUUACCAGAGCUUCGAAUUCUUAAUGUUAGUGAAAACAGUAUCACAGGCAGGUUUCCACACAGUAUCACCAAUUGCUCUCGCUUGGAAGUUCUUAGCAUCAGCAAUUUAUUACUCGGUGGGAGCCUACCAAACUUUUCAGGCAUGAAAUCCCUCCGGGUGAUGGAUUUGUCGAUGAAUCGAUUCAAUGGAGACUUCCCUUUAUCUAUUUUUAACCUCACUAAUCUCGAGGAGGUUAACUUCAACAUGAAUGAACGUUUCAACGCAUGGGAACUUCCAACGAACAUCACUCAGUUGACGCGGCUUAAAACAUUAAUCUUGUCAACUACCAUACUUCAGGGAAGCAUUCCAGCAUCCUUGGGGAACGUAACCACCCUCAUUGAUCUUGAACUAAGCGGGAACUUUCUCAAGGGAAAGAUUCCUUCGGAACUAGGGAUGUUGAAGAAUCUUAAGACUCUCAUGCUUUACUACAAUGAGCUAAGCGGAAAAAUACCGGAUGAGAUGGGAAAUCUAACAGAACUUGUGGAAUUAGACAUGUCGGUAAACUUACUGAUAGGGAGAAUACCGAAUUCAAUAUGCAAUCUUCCCAAGCUUCAGGCUUUGCAGCUUUACAAUAACAGCCUGACAGGCGAUAUUUCGGCUGCUUUAGGGAACUCGAGUGUUUUGAAUACAUUAUCUAUCUAUGAGAACUUUCUGACCGGAAAAAUUCCACAGAAUCUUGGGAAUUCAACAGCUAUGAUUGAAAUAGAUAUCUCGGAAAAUCAGUUCUCCGGUGAACUGCCACCUGAUGUCUGCAGAGGAGGUAAACUGUUUUACUUUCUCGCUCUUUCAAACCUGUUCACUGGUACUAUACCUGAAAGUUAUGCAGAUUGUACAUCACUAAUACGAUUUCGUGUUAGUAAAAACCGAUUGGUUGGCUCAGUACCUGAAGGAAUUUUCGGUCUUCCUCGUGCAAACAUCAUUGACUUGGCUGAAAAUCAAAUGAUCGGAACAAUAUCUAAAGCAAUUGCAAAUGCAAAAAAUAUGUCGGAGCUCUUUGUUCAGAAUAACAGAUUAUCAGGAGUUCUGCCGCAAGAGAUCUCGGAAGCAGUUAAUUUAGUGAAAAUCGAUCUAAGUAAUAAUUUUCUUUACGGUCCUUUACCUGAUGAACUAAGUAAACUCAAGAAGCUAAAUCUCUUAAUGCUGAGAAACAACAAUUUCAGUUCCUCUAUCCCAGACUCACUGUCUAAACUGAAGUCACUAAGCAUUCUUGACCUGUCCAACAACCAGUUGACAGGGAACAUCCCCGAAAACCUAUCUAAACUACUUCCCCACACUAUUAAUCUAUCGAAUAAUCAUCUUUCUGGCCCUAUUCCACUCCCACUUAUGCAAGGAGAGCUGGAAGAAAGUUUCUUGGGAAACCCAAAUCUCUGUCUUGGUGUACGUAAUGAUUUAUCAUAUAAAAACUUCCCUCUUUGUCCACAAAGAAACCAACAAAAGAGAUUGAUAUGGGUAAGUGCGACACUGGCCUCAGCUAUUAUUCUGAUGCUAAUUGCAAUUGUGAUGUUCAUGAAACGCUGCUCAACGCAUAAGAAAUAGGGUAUAGGGUAUAGUUAGGUUUAUAAUUAUGCUGCUACUCAAGUAAUUUAAUAACCUCCAUGGCUCCAUGUGUUAAACAAGCUGUAGAAACAGCAGCCUUAAGUCCUUUAUAGUAUAGGUAAGAUUGUAUUGCGCAUUGUUGGAGAUUUAUAGUAUUUUGGGCAAUACCCAGUAUUUGGAAACAAAGGCAGUGAAGGCAACGAGUUGUUGUAGAUCACAAAAUGAAGGCAGAACAACCGACAGGUUGUCGUCUCCUGGUCUGUCCCUGUGAAUAUUGUGCGUUCUUGUUCAUAGCUUUGCAUUGUUUUGUAAAUAAUAAAAGUGUAAUCUUCCCAAGGGACAUGUAACUAUGUAUUAUUUUGUCCAAAAAGACAGUGAUGUUUAAACUCUAUAGAUAGAGUAUUAUGAUCACAGAAUUAAAUAGUAGAAUUGUUUUUUUGUCUCUUACAAAAGGUGCUUGAAAAGGUUCUUGUUAAAAUAAUCUAGAAAAAUCUAGGAUUUUAAUUAAAUAUAAAAAUAUUUAAACU